CAUCCUCAUUUAUCCAUUCUAAAGGGCAUGUUCAAAACUAUUUGCUUCAUGGAUUUCGAAGAACGUUUUAUCAUAAGUAUGAAGACAUCCUGUCUCCUCCCAUUGAAAGAAUAUAGAGAGGCUUAAAAACACAGAUUGAUCCAUCCAUGAAUCAUGGGUUGCACAUUUUCUCGUCGAGGCCCCGCUGUCCAGGAGCAGAAGAAAGUGAACAAACAAAUCGACCGGGAAAUCGCCAAAGACGCGGCGAAAGAUGGUCGGAUCAUCAAACUACUUCUCCUGGGCACGGGUGACUCGGGCAAGAGCACCAUCAUGAAGCAGGUCAAGAUCCUCCACAAGGAGGGCUUCACCGAAGACGAGAUCAACUCUGGGCGCACUCUUAUCAUGCAGAACAUCUUCAGCUCCAUGCGGACACUAAUCGAUCAACUACCACACUUCAAUUUGAUUUACAUGCAGAACGAGUCCGAGUCUCACGCCCAACUCGUUCACGACAUCACGGACAAUAUUCACACCAUGAUCACAAACACUUUUCAUCCCAGUGAAGCCCAAGUGUUGGCUCUCAGACAACUUUGGCAGGAGGACGCCAUCCAAGAUUGCUUUGAGCGGCGAGAUCGGUUCCAAUUGCAGGAGUCGGUCCAAUACUACUUCGAGCAUCUGAAUCGGAUCAUGUCGAGUGGGUACACGCCCACUACACAGGAUAUUCUCCGGAUCCGUGUGGCCACCACGGGCAUAAUCGAGGCCUGCUUUCAGGUGAAGCGAGACAAGAUGAGCUUGAAUUUCAAGUUGAUCGAUGUGGGUGGACAACGAUCCGAACGCCGGAAAUGGAUCCAUUGCUUCGAGAACGUGCACGCCAUUUUAUUUGUCGUGGCCAUUUCCGAGUACAACCAAGUCCUGCUGGAGGAUGGGAAAACGAAUCGUAUGAGCGAAAGCCUCCGCUUGUUCGAGUCCAUCGUGAAUAACGCCUUCUUUGUGGAGGCCAGUUUUAUUCUGUUUCUGAAUAAGGUGGAUCUGUUCGAGGUGAAGAUCACACGGUUCCCAUUGCAGGAUUACAUUCAAGGUUAUGACGACUCGGGCGAGUCACCGAAAGAGUUCGUGGCGUCCAAGUAUUUGAGCAAAUCCAAACGAAAAGACAAGAUCUUCCAUCACUUCACGUGCGCCACAGACACGAAACAGAUUCAGCACCUAUUUGACGAUGUCGUCAACAUCAUUAUCCGAGUGGCUCUGGAAAAAGUGAACAUGUGCUAGGAGGACCUGUUAAUCUAAAGCUUUAUCAAUAAAAAAACCAAUCAAAGCCAAACGAACAUCAGGAAUAGUAAAGACGCCUCGGAGAUUUCCUUUUGAAAAUAGACAGACACUC